CCUUCUUCUUCCUGUUCUGACAUCAUCACUCCCCUGCUGCUUUACUAGAGAAACCAGCAGCUGUGUUUUUCAGAAGCAGUUUUGGGUUUCAGUGACUCAGAGAAAUGAGAGGGCAGAGACAGAAAGGAAUUCAGAGGCUGGUAUUUGCGGUCAAUGGACAGAGGUUUGAGCUCUCCGAUGUCGACCCUUCUACUACCUUGCUCGAAUUCUUGCGUUUGGGGACUCCAUUCAAGAGUGCCAAGCUCAGCUGUGGCGAAGGAGGCUGUGGUGCUUGCGUUGUCCUACUGUCAAAGUAUGACACUGUCAAGGACCAAGUAGAGGAUUUUUCCAUCAGUUCAUGCCUCACAUUGCUCUGCAGUGUAAAUGGUUGUUCAAUCACUACAGCUGAGGGACUUGGAAAUAGCAAAGUUGGAUUCCACCCAAUUCAGGAAAGAUUUGCAGGUUUUCAUGCUUCCCAGUGUGGCUUUUGUACGCCUGGGCUGUGUGUUUCUCUUUUUUCAGCCAUUGUUAAUGCUGAGAAGACCAAUCGACCAGAACCCUUCCUAGGAUUCUCCAAGCUGACAGUCUGUGAAGCUGAAAAGGCUAUUGCAGGAAAUCUUUGUCGCUGUACUGGUUAUCGACCCAUUAUUGAUGCUUGUAAAAGUUUUGCAGCUGAUGUUGAUAUGGAGGAUUUGGGAUUUAACACCUUUUGGAGAAAAGGAGAGAGUAAUGAAUUAAAAAAGAGUAGAUUACCCUUGUUAACACAUAAUAAUGCAAUUUGUAUGUUUCCUGAGUUCUUGAAGAAGGAAAUCAAGGUAACUGUCCCUGUGGCUUCUGAGGGAUAUUGUUGGUAUUCACCUGUCAGUCUUCAGCAGCUAAAAAGCUUGCUGCAAUCCAAUGAGGUCGGUAAUGGGACCUCAAUGAAAUUUGUUGUUGGUAACACAGGAAGUGGUUACUAUAAACAGCAAGAACACCAUGACAAAUACAUUGAUUUGAGGUAUGUUCCUGAGCUCUCAAUGAUUAGGAAAGACCAGAUGGGUAUAGAAAUUGGAGCAGCUGUAACAAUCUCCAGGGCAGUUGAAGUUCUGAAGGAAGAAACUAAAUGUGAAUUUCACCAAGGAGGUAAGAUGAUGUUUAAAAAAAUUGCUGAUCAUUUGGAAAAGAUUGCUUCAGGGUUCAUUAGGAAUUCAGCGAGCAUAGGGGGAAAUUUGGUGAUGGCACAGAGGAAAUAUUUUCCAUCAGAUCUCACUACGGUACUGCUUGCUGUGGACACAAUGGUGGAUGUAAUGGCUGCACAGAGACAGGAAAGGAUUACCCUGGAGGAGUUUCUUGGGAGGCCUCCACUGGAUUCAAGAAGUGUUCUUUUAAGCAUUAAAAUCCCAUAUUGGGAUUUAAGUAGGAAUAGUUCUCCUGAAACCAACACUGAGUUGCUGUUUGAUACCUAUCGACCUGCACCACGGCCACUUGGAAACGCAUUGCCCUAUUUAAAUGCUGCUUUCUUGGCUGAGGUUUCUCCCUCUAAAAGUUCUAAUACAACUAUGGUAAAAGAGUGUAAGUUGGCCUUUGGUGCUUAUGGGACCAAACAUUCCAUCAGGGCACGGAUGGUUGAAAAGUUUCUAAUUGGAAAGGUGCUAAGUGGUGGGGUCCUGUAUGAUGCCAUUAAAUUACUUGAAACUGUUGUGAUACCUGAAGAUGGUACCUCCUAUAGUGCUUACAGGUCAAGCUUGGCAAUUGGCUUCCUUUUCAAGUUCUUAAGCCCCUUGUCUGACAUCAGUGUUGAAAUUUCUAAUGGUUUGUUGAAUGGAUAUGGUAGUACUUUGUUAUUGAAGAAUUAUACAAUAGAACAAAACAAUGGCCGGUUGACAUCCCCAACGCUGCUAUCAUCUGCAAAGCAGGUGGUUCAAUUAAGUCAAAAAUAUCAUCCAGUUGGGGAGCCACUUAAAAAAUCCGGAGCUACCAUCCAAGCUUCUGGUGAGGCUGUUUUUGUGGAUGACAUUCCAUCUCCCAGAAAUUGCCUGCAUGGAGCAUUUAUAUACAGCAGAAAGCCUUUGGCACGGGUGAAUGGUAUAAAAUUUAAGCCUGGAUCAUUACCAGAUGGAGUCACUGCACUUAUUUCUUUCAAAGAUAUUCCUGGGGAGAACGUAGGUUCAAUGACCAUAUUUGGUACAGAACCUUUGUUUGCUGACGAGCUUACUCAGUGUGCUGGUCAGCGCAUUGCCUUUGUGGUUGCAGAUACACAAAAACUUGCAGAUGUGGCAGCAAAUGAUGCCCUUGUAGAUUACGACAUUGAAAAUCUAGAACCACCAAUAUUAUCUGUAGAACAGGCUGUUGAGAGAUCUAGCUUUUAUGAGGUCCCUCCUUUUCUUUACCCCAAAGCAGUUGGUGAUGUAUCUAAGGGAAUGGCUGAAGCUGAUCACAAAAUUCUCUCUGCUGAGAUCAAACUUGGUUCGCAGUACUAUUUCUAUAUGGAAACACAAACUGCACUUGCUGUGCCAGAUGAAGACAACUGCAUGGUAGUAUACAGUUCAAUUCAAUGCCCUGAGUUUUGCCAUGUGGUAAUAGCUAAAUGCCUUGGUGUUCCUGAACAUAAUGUGCGUGUGAUUACAAGAAGGGUUGGAGGAGGAUUUGGUGGAAAGUCCAUAAAAGCCAUGCCUGUUGCUACUGCAUGUGCACUUGCUGCUCACAAAUUAGGCCGUCCAGUCAGGAUAUAUGUCAAUCGCAAGACUGACAUGAUAAUGGCGGGAGGAAGGCAUCCAAUGAAAAUAACAUACAGUGUUGGAUUCAAAAGCAAUGGGAAGAUUACAGCCCUACAACUUGAAAUAUUAAUCAAAGCAGGAAUGUCUGCUGAUAUAAGUCCAGUAAUGCCACACAACAUGCUUUGUGCACUUAAAAAGUAUGACUGGGGUGCUUUGUCUUUUGAUAUAAAGGUAUGCAGAACAAACCUUCAGAGUAGAUCAGCAAUGCGGGCCCCUGGUGAGGUACAGUCAACAUUUAUUGCUGAAGCUGUAAUUGAACAUGUAGCAUCAACCCUUUCCAUGGAGGUUGAUUCUGUCAGACAUAUUAAUCUCCACAGCUAUGACAGCCUUCGUUUAUUUUUUGAGGGCGGUGCAGGUGAACCUUUGGAGUAUACUUUACCGUCAAUUUGGGAUAAGUUGGCCUUGACUUCAUGCUUAGACCAUAGGAUUGAAAUGAUAAAAGAGUUCAAUAAGAAUAAUAGAUGGCAGAAAAGGGGCAUCUCACGAGUGCCUAUUGUGCAUGAGGUGAUGCAGAGACCAACCCCAGGGAAAGUAAGUAUCCUCCGUGAUGGAUCCGUUGUUGUUGAAGUUGGAGGAAUUGAGCUGGGACAGGGGCUCUGGACAAAAGUUAAACAGAUGACUGCAUAUGCUCUUAGCUUGAUCCAAUGUGAUGGAACAGGAGACCUUGUGGAGAAAGUAAGGGUCAUACAAUCUGAUACCUUGAGUUUAAUUCAAGGGGGUUUUACUGCUGGCAGUACUACAUCUGAGUCAAGCUGUGAAGCAGUUAGGUUGUGCUGCAACAUUUUGGUUGAGAGACUUACCCCUCUCAAGGAAAAAUUGGUGGAGCAAAUGGGAGCUGUAAAGUGGGAGACCCUAAUUCUUCAGGCAUAUCUGAAUGCUGUGGACUUAUCGACAAAUACACUAUAUGUACCUGAGUUUUCUUCCAUGCAAUACCUCAACUAUGGUGCUGCAGUAAGUGAGGUGGAGGUAAACCUUCUAACCGGAGAAACCACAUUUUUGCGUACUGAUAUUACAUAUGAUUGUGGCCAAAGCUUAAACCCUGCUGUUGAUUUGGGACAGAUUGAAGGAGCUUUUGUUCAAGGAAUUGGGUUCUUUAUGCUUGAAGAAUACUCAGAAAAUUCAGAUGGAUUAGUGGUUGCGGAAGGCACCUGGACAUACAAGAUCCCUACAGUGGACACAAUACCCAAACAGUUCAAUGUUGAAAUCCUCAGCAGUGGACAUCAUGAAAAGCGUGUAUUAUCUUCCAAAGCUUCUGGUGAACCGCCACUACUACUAGCAGUUUCAAUCCACUGUGCUACAAGAGCAGCCAUAGAAGAAGCCCGGAAACAACUUCUUUCGUGGCGUGGUCAAGAUGAGUCUGAUUCAACAUUCCAGUUGCCAGUCCCUGCCACCCCGCCUGUUGUCAAGGAGCUCUGCGGUCUUGAUAGUGUGGAGACGUUCCUACAAUGGACAAUGGCUACAAAAUGUGGGAAUUCUACAUAAGUUUGUAAGUAUAUCUUUUACUUUUACCCCAUUUUUUUUUUAAAAAAAAAGCAUAUGGUCCUUUGGGCCAAGUGGGCUCUGACCACGUGAAGAUGCAUUCCCUCACCCUUGGGCAGGUUCAAACCCACCCCAUGUGAUAUUGUUCAAAAAAAAAAAAAAAAGAGAGGGGAAAAUACAAGAUUGACAAGAUAAAGCCUGUAAACUCAGUGAAUUUGCAGUUUUGUGAAAAAAUAAAAGACAGAUUCUCACCGUUUCUUGAUCUUGAUGAUGAGAAGAAGGGGGAUUGAUUAGCUGGAUUGUUCACAACCUUUUUAGUUACCGUUGAUAAAGGUCUUUGAUAAAA